AUGAACACUAUCUAUCACAUUGGCGAAAACACUUGCAACGAUUUUGUUGCACUUGAAAUAGAGAAAGAUCCUUCAAACUAUGUCUCUCACGACUCUUACACCUCAUGGGUGAAGGGCAAGCAAUGGAAAGCCACCAUUCUCCGUUUGAGAGAAUUGCCCAAAGCCGAAACAGAUAGUUUAUCUGCUAUCAAGAACGCCAGAGAAAUCGAAGGAGUUCAGGAUUUUGGACAGGGCCCAAACAUGAAAGACGGAAAAGUUCGUCUCUUGUCCUCUGUCAUCAAACCAAACCAGCUUCUAAUGAUGCCCAAUCCUAGUUGGACAAGAACGCAUGUGUGGGAAAUGCAAUGUUUUCAGUCCAUGGACGACAGGGUUCCUCUUGCGUUUGGCGUGACACACAAAGUCGAAAACAGAGAAUACGAGUUUAACAAUGAUGGUGCCGUUUAUCUUAAGAUGAUUGCAUCGUACCGAACGAGCCUCUUCUCUGCCUCAGGACUCCUUAACGUCUUGAAAGGCUUUGGCAUCCAGGAGAACACUCGAACAAGCACUCUAAGAGAUAAGGAGUAUAACAGUGCUUUCAACUUGUCCAACUUCAAACCCCAAGGUACCGUCUUUGUCGCUGAUUUCACGAACGCCAUGUACGACUGCAACCUUCCCAACAUCGGACCCACGUUUCAUUCGGAGACUUGCUCCAGAACCUAUGCACUCGAAAUCAAGAUAACAUGUGAAUGUCACUCAGAAAACAGCUGUCGUUCGGAGUUUUCCACGCUUAUAGAUAUCGAUGUUGCAAUCAACGACAGCAAAUCAGGGAUUCAGCCCCAAGACCAAGUCCAACAAAGGCAGGAUGUUUUGUCACUUGAAAAGGUGAAUUUAUCCCCGUUCAUAAUGACCGAUGUUGAAUCUAUAAUGGCAAAACGGCUUCAACAGGUGCAUUCCAACAGUUUCGGUUAUCAUGUAAGUGCCACCGCUAUGGGCGAUUCUGUCAUGGUGAUAAGCAGUGUUUUCCUUCCAGACGCUUUUUUGAAGAGAAAGAAGUCUUUUCUAGACUGGUGCUCUGGAAGUGAGAAGGAGAGUCUGGGGCUUCUGCUAGCUCCUUCUAAAGGAGCUUGGAUAGUUGAGGAAGCUAGUCUGGGCAAUACUGGCAAAGAAAACUUCCAUCUCUCAAGAUUUGCUACAGUAUUUGAGGUUCCCUGGUUCACGGAAUACUACAAGCUGAAUGACCCGAGUUUCAACUUCAGCUAUUGCAAGAUCAAAGGAAGACAAGCCUCUCCCGGGAAGCUUCUCUACGAAUUAAUCACCCUCAAACUCCACCAAAGCACCCUGUUGAACGAAUGCAUUUACAUAAAACGUAUAAGGGUGGAGCUUCUACAACGAACAACUACAAAAUCUGCCAAAGGGUAUCAGAGUUUUGUUUCUGGAAAGGAGAAGUGA